UUUCCGAUCCAAGCUGCGCUGUCUUGCAGUCAUUUCUCGUCGACGCGUUCCCUUCUCUUCCCCCUAAAGCCCUAAGGCCUAAACCCCGUCGUCGUCGAAGAAGAAGAAGAAGAAGAAGAACAUGGUGAGGCUCACAGUCGAUUUAAUCUGGAAAAGCCCUCAUUUCUUCAAUGCCAUUAAAGAACGAGAACUGGACCUUCGAGGAAACAAGAUAGCAGUGAUAGAAAACCUAGGUGCCACCGAGGACCAAUUUGAUGCCAUUGAUUUGUCUGAUAAUGAGAUUGUGAAGCUGGAAAAUAUGCCAUAUCUUAAUCGAUUGGGCACAUUGCUGAUCAAUAAUAAUAGAAUCACUCGUAUCAAUCCUAAUAUUGGAGAGUUCUUGCCGAAAUUACAUACACUAGUUCUUACAAACAACAGACUUGUGAACUUGGUAGAGAUUGACCCGCUGGCAUCCCUUCCAAAACUUCAGUUUCUUAGUUUGUUGGAUAACAAUAUUACAAAGAAGCCAAACUAUAGACUGUAUGUCAUUCACAAGUUGAAGUCAGUCCGGGUGCUUGAUUUCAAGAAAGUCAGAAACAAGGAGAGGUUGGAGGCCAGGAAUUUAUUUUCGUCUAAGGAAGUUGAAGAAGAGGCGAAGAAGGAAUCUGUGAAGAUGUUUGUUCCAGGAGAGGUGGAGAAUGCAUCCAAACCUGUGGAGGAGAAACAAACUUCAAAUGUGUCUGCACCAACAGCAGAGCAAAUUAUAGCUAUUAAGGCGGCCAUUGUUAAUUCCCAAACACUUGAAGAGGUUGCAAGACUAGAACAGGCGCUUAAGUCAGGUCAGUUACCUGCAGAUUUGAAUCUUUUGGAUGAUAAUACCGUGCCAAACACCACAAAAAAUACAGACGAUAAGACGAUGUCUGAUAGUGGAGACGAAGAAAAUGUAUCUAAGGAUGUAAAAGAGCAGUCGAAUGAUGAACCCACGCCUAUGGAGCAGGAAUAGUAGAAGAUUGUUGCCCUUAAUACUUCGUGGCUCAUCUAUAAGCAUUCGUUGAUGGCGAUCCUGUCGUGCUGAUUUGUGGACGUUUUAUUAAACUGAUUGAGAAAAGUCCAAGCAUGGCACUUCCCAGCCUGGGGAUGUUAGGCGGCUCCUUUGCCUCUUUUUAAGAGUUGGUUCUCUUCUUUCCUUUUUCUUUUUCUGGGUAAAGAAUUUUCUAAAACCAUGGAUGGAUCUAUUGGCAUAGAUAUCGGGACUUUUGAAGGGGUUUAUGUUGUAUUUACGACACUUAAGAUGCCUUUGAAAAUUUCUUCCUCUAAAUAUAUGUACGGAUGAUUAGCAUAGA